AUUUUAUUCAUAUAUCUAUUGUAAUAAUAAUAAUCCCAAUGGAGUCACAAAAUAAAGAUAAAUAUUUUAAGAGUGAUAAAAUAUUAAAUGCUAUAAACAAACUAUUUGUAUCUUUACAAGACUAUGAAAAAAAAGAAAUUAACCAGAGUUUACACCAGGUCAUAGAUGAGAUAAUUGAAAAAAUGAAAGAAAACACUUUUUUUAAAAAAGUAUUUCAAAGAAAAUUAUUUGGAGGUAGUUUCUAUAAAGGUACAAAAAUUGGUAUACCUGAAGAAUUUGAUAUAGAUAUAAUAAUUAAACUACCUAUUAAUUAUGAAGAUAUAAGAAUAUUUCUAUGUGACCACGAAGGUUUUAUCAAUAUAUACUCUGGUUUAAAUCAAAACAACUUAAUUCAUCUGAAAAUGGAUAGAGAAGUGCAUAAAUUACUUGAUAAUUCGAUGUAUAUUGAUCAAAAUAAAUUUCGUAGUUGGAUGGAAAGCAUUGUAAAUAUAAGUAUAUAUAAUUUACCAAAGAAAGGUAAUAAAUAUUUAUUAAAAAUAAAUAAUACUGAAUAUAUGAUAAGAGUAAUCAAGAGUGGUCCAGCAUUUACAUAUGAAAUAGAAUUUAUAAAUGGCAAAAAAAUAAACGUUGAUUUAGUACCAGUGUUAGAAUUUUCAAAAGAUAUACCACACAUGAGUAAUUUAUCAGAAUUUAAAGUACUCAAAAAACAAAAUUGGUUUGCUGUACCAAAGCCUAUUACAAUUAAUAAACAAAAACAUAUCUGUUGGAGAACAUGUUUUUAUGAACAAGAAAAAGAAAUUCUAUCUAAAAAUGGGCAAAUUAAACAAAUAAUAAGAUUGAUGAAAAAAUUAAGAGAUACCAAAAAUUGGAAUAAUAUUGCUAGCUACUAUAUAGAAACAAUUGCUUUAAACUUAUUACAAGAGGACUCAUUGUUUGGGAAAGGAUCAUGUACACUUUCGUUUAUGAAGAUGUUACGUUCCAUGCAUUCUACUCUAAUUCAUCAGUGCUUACCUUAUUACUGGAACAAUGAUUUUAAUCUAUUAUACAAACUCAAUUUAAUAGAAAUGAGAAAUAUUUCAAAUCAAUUGAGGAAAAUCAUUGAAAACAUUGAUAGAUCAAUAGAGAACGAUCCAUAUAUCAUUGCUAACUAUAUCUUAAAUGAAAAAGAAUAUAAUGAAUUAUAUUCUGAACUAAAUAAGUCACCUUCAGAAACAGAAAACAAUGAGGAUAAUAUCUGCAUGAUAAUUUAAUGAUGAUAUUUAAUAUGAAAUUUCUCUCAUCAAACGAGUUUUUAAAAAAUUACAAGUUAUAUUCAAUUAUAUAUAUAAUAUAUAAUAUUACUUUUUAUUUAUUAGUAUAUAGUCUUUAUAGUA